AUGACAGUCGAGAAGAUGAUGGCACCGAAACAAGUCGCCGUUGGCGUUGUGCUGCUCGUGGUCUGUUUGACAGGUGGGUGCCGAGCCCAGCUCAAGGAUGGCUGCAAAAUAGAGACCCUGCGUGAGUGCGGCGACGACUUCGUGCCCUACGGCAAGACGACGAAGCUUCCGGCCACAGGACAGCCGUUGACGGAGCUGUGCGAGAGUGAAAAGCGACAGAUCGAGUGCAGUCUCAAAUUCGUCGACGACUGCCUGAAGCGUCUGCCGAAGACAGCUGCUUCAUUGGCGCUUAAGACGCUGAAGGAAGACAUUGGUGCCAUCUGUACUCCGGGCACCGACCUACAUAAAGAUUACCAGAAAGCCAUCAGCUGCAUGAACUCCGUUGGUACAAAAAUCAACGCCUGCUUGAGAGGUCUCCACGGCGGUUUGGAAAGAGCCGUUGUCAAGGCGCCAACCAAAGAAGUCAUCCACUACGCCUGUUGCUCGUAUGGUGACGUGGAGGACUGCCUCGGCAAGGCCCUGACGCAGUGCGAACGCGUUGGUGCCAAGAAGCUCACGAUCGGCCUGCUGGAGCACGUUUUCGGCGAGACCCUGAGCCUGGUGUGCGACGACUACACCAGGGGAUCGCACGCUUGCAAGUCUCAGCCGAAACUGCCGGCACUUGGCCCCACGGACCGCAAGGUCGAGAACUACAUCGAGCUCCUCAUCGAGGCUGCAAACACGAUCGGCCGCAAGAACUAGCGCGAAACGAACUCAGACGCGUUUUGUGCAAAUAAUUUGCUUUUGUUUACGCAAAUAUUUUCUUCGACUUCAUUUUAUAUAACUUUGUUGAGCGAGGACUCCAACGUGGCACAUUGCGACACUACAUUGACAGGACAAUAUUUCUACGCAAAGCACCAAUUACGAAAGAAACAAACUUGAUCGGGAUCGCUGCUAGCCUGCUGGCUUUGCAAUUAAUUGUCUCUUAUAUGCUUUAAUUUAAUUUGAUUGCCUGAGAAGUAUGCAGAGCGGGAUUUGUGUUCUCUUGCAUGGAGGCGUGGCGUCAUAUGGAUCUGAAUUUCCAACUUUCGCGCUAUCUGCGAUGGGCUGGUGGAGCUCGGCCCCUCGAAGGAACCUUCGGACGGUGCCGGGCUGUGCGAAUCUAUUUCUAAAUUAUAAAUUUCACGUCUACCUGGCUUUAUGCCGUAUCUCUCACAUCAAAAUAUUUAGAUUUUUCAGGGAAGAUGAAGCAGCAGCAAGUUUUAGUCUACUGAGCCUGCAGAAACAUUCUCAAGGAAGGUAAUGCAGAACUUCGCAACACCUUUUUUAAUUCCAGCGUACAGUUUCCCCUGACACAGCUCGCCAUUUUGGACCUGGGGCUGCAACUAUAGCCCUUCGGGAUCAAGCCCGGUGGGCGGCGGAGGCCAGUGGGGCCCGGGACGGAGAGCCCCACCCAUUAUAGAGUAUAUGACCCCUUCCCCUUUCUUCCGUUUGAAUAAUGUCAUUCAUUCAUUCAUUCAUUCAUUCCCCUGACGUAGACUGUAAUUAAAAGCGAUAUCUUUGUUUUGCUACUUCGGCCACUUCGGAUGGUUGGAUGAUUUCGCACAAUAUACAAUGACACAUACUCAGUGAGCCAUGUGUUGGACUAGCUUGGACUACUGGGUGUGUGCUGGCUGAUGUAUUUCCGAGCAGACAACAUGGCCAACUGGGUAUAUCGCUGAAUAAAGAGCUUCCUGCUGGAUACUGUCUGGUAUAAUAAUAAACGAACUUGCAGCCAGGAUACCAGGGAUAGGAGGGGUUGCUAUGGAGUUUCAACUGGGGUGAAAGGAUUUCACCAAAUUACACUGUGUCAUGGUAUCCUUCAGCAAUGUGGUUGGCAGCGAAAUUGCUACUUUUUGCGUCUGCUGAUGAGCUCAUAAAGUCUCGUGAUUCACCGGUGGCAUGGUGAUAUGCAGGACGGAUACACAGGGAAGCUAUGAUUGAUUUUGAGAACAUUCUUCUAUGCUUUCUUCCACACUUCUUCUUUCCCUCUUUAUUUCUCGAUGACUAGCUAGUUCUGACUGACACCUGCCGUGGAAAAUAGAGAGUCACUGAACAUGAGCAAAAUGUCUGUGGACAAAGCGUGUGUGGAUAGAAACAAAUAUGACACCAAGAAUGCUCGAAGCGCGGCAUUUUUGCGU